AUUGAGGAUGUAUUGAUUCUCUCGGAGAUCAUUUGUACCAUAUGGACUAUAUGGACUUGGUUUAGGGCCAUCAUCAAAGUGGUGCAGAUAUUACUAUUGCUUUUCUCCCUAUGGAUGACAGUCGUGCCUUAGACUUUGGUUUAAUGAAGAUAGACAACAAAGGAAGGGUUCUUUUCUUUAAUGAAAAGCCCAAAGGAGAGGAAUUGAAAGCAAUGGCGGUGGAUACUACAGUUUUGGGCCUAUCACGAGAGGAGGCUGCAAAGAAACCAUACAUUGCUUCCAUGGGAGUGUAUCUCUUCAAGAAGGAGAUACUCUUGAAUCUUCUAAGGUAUGGUAUUCAAGCUGCAUGUAGAUUCUAUGAUUUUUAAAAGAAGAUGAAAUUGAAGUUUGAUAAGAAAUGUUCCCUACAUAUCUGAUCCAGUGAACUGUCACAUCUUUUGUUCGAACUGAGUGACAACACACAUGAAUUGGCAUGCAGAAAAUAUACUUGAAGUUCCUUGUGUGAUUCAUUACUA